AUGCCUUCAAAUUUGCGAUACAGCGCAGCAAGUUCAUCAACGAUUCAUAAACGACCCUCGCUUUCUCCUAUUAAGAAAGCUCAGAGAGAUUUAAAAAGAAGUUUGCCAUCGCAAACAAAGUACCUGCAAAAUUUGAAGAAAAGAAAUAAUAAGAAGUCACAAUUACCAUCAAAAACUUCAAAUGGAGAAGGAAAACUAUCAGUUACAGAUUACGAUGUAGAAUUUGAUUACCAGUUAUCAAAAAAUGAAGAUUUAGAAGUUGCAAUUGAUACUAUAGUUGAUAAUCAAUGGUCUGAGAGUACUUCUUUGCAUUCUCGCUAUCACACUAAAGAUGAAAUAAGAAGCGCAAAUUCAAUGGAGGAAUUAGUAUUCCUGCUUAAGGGCCUUUCGAUGAUCAAAAAGGCAGAGAUUAUGAAAUUUAGGAGCCAAAUACCCGAAGGGCUAGUCACCAUAAAUCAACUCUAUGCUAUUUACGAACGUCAAGGUAAUACCUUCGUCGAUAGAAAUUUAGAAGUCAAAAUACGACAGGGGAAAAUGAAAAAGUUUAUUAUCACUAAUGCUGCCCCAGUUAUCCUGAGGUCGUUUCAUAGCCAAGGAAGAAUCACUUACGGGCAUGAGAAUGUUGAAGUUGUAGUGAAAUCUGAAGUAUACUUGGACUCUAUAGAUAAAAUUAUUGCGUACUUGGAAAGACAAGAAAAGGAAGAGCUGCUUUCUACAGCAGAAAAACAUAAAUUUAUAAUGCAAAGGCUGGGCCUUAAAAACUUUAAAAACUUCUUAAUUGAGAAUCCUCUGGAGCUUUUUAUUAACAAAAGUAAUGCGAUUAGUUCUCAAGAAUUAUCUUCAUUAGUAUCUUUAGGCUACGUUACACUUACAUCUAAUCAUUUGAAUGAGAUAGAAGCUCAUCAAUAUGCUAUAUCCUACCCCAACUGUGGUACAUUUUUAAAAUUAGUCAAUGCUGGUAGAUCCUGGUUGGUGAAAACACUAACUAAAUCUAAGUAUUCGGAAAAUUUAGAAGAUCAAAUAUUUAGCAAAUGGGAAGGUACUACAGGAAGUGGUGAUAAUAAGUUGAAUAAUUUUAAGAAACCCUUCUAUGGGUACGAUUUAAAUUGGAUUUUAGCAGACGCAUUAGGUGCAGGAAUAAUUGAGGUAUUCAAUACACCUGUUGGAAGAGGUUGGCGAUUGACUGGAAAGGUAUAG